GAACACCCAUGUUCCUUAAUAAUCUUUUGUGGAAAUUGCACUGUCAAAUUCUUCAAACGUACCAUAGUAUCUGUGUGCACAGGUGCCAUUGGUUAGAUCAGGCUGAUAAAGUCAGCAGAAGAGGAGAUGAAAAUGAAUCAGCUUUUUCAGAGGGUAUUCUCAUGGGAAAAUUUAAAUCUUAGUACACUAUGUGGUGUGGAAAGAUCUUAAAACACCAGCUGCACUCCAGCACGGCUACAGGCGGCCUUCACAUUCUGAACUUUCACCUCAGGCUUUUACAGGCCUGUUCCAAAGGUUUAAAUACUUUCAAGAAAGUAAAGCCACCAGGACUGCUCAGACCCGAAUGCCUACACCAUGGCCUCCUCCAGCCCUUUCCAGAUACAAUGGGCAUCUACCAACAUACCUCCAUUCAGAGCCUGUGGCUUUUUCCUUUUGCCCAGGAGGACUUAAGCUUUCUCUCUUCCGAAGUUGACUGGCUUACCUGCAGUCUCCUCUUUCUGGGGAAAGUUCGCAUAUGUUGUCAGGGUCCUAGGCCUGGCCAGCUACCACCCUCUUAAGGGUGACUUGGCAGUCACGUUUUCAUGAUUAUCUCAAGAUCCAAGAUAACCUAGUGUUGAAGAAAAGACUCACAUAUCUUGGAAUUGCAACCGGAUGAAUUGUGUGGCUAUGCCCAAUAAAAAGCAUUUUGGUUUCCAGUUGGGAAUUUCUUGGAGAUAGUAGCUUUUUGGAAGGUGUGUCGGACAGCAAGUCCUGUUUCAAAAAUCUUGAUUACUACUUUAGUAAUCCCCUGCCUUAUGGUUGCUUCUGCAGCAGUGAGACAGGGUGGGUGUUUUAAAUCACUCCUGAAUGAUAAAAUAUAAAAUUGAUAAUUAAUGGCUGGUGUCACAGUCAUCAGUCCUGCAACUUGUGAGUUAUAACAGAGAAGCUCUGCUGGCUUGUUUUAGCCUCUGCUUCAAGAUUAUUUUAAUUUGGAGAUGCACUUUCCACUAUUACAAAGGAAAUAACACACCACAAUGUAGGAACAAAAAUUCAUUAGCUUUAACUUUUGUGAUGAAUUCUACUAAACCAAAGCUGUCCUAAAUGUAAGAGAAGAGUUUGGGAUGGUUGUUUUCAGUUGUGCCUUGUGUUACCACAGGCUUUAGUUGUGAGCUGAAAUUUCUUGCUGGUUUUGGCAAUGAUGAUUAUUUAGCUGUAAAUAAGUUGAAACAGUGUCAUGCUGCUUGUAGUAUAGGUAAGGUAUUUAGCACAUUAAUUUUUGAUUGAGGCUAAAAUGUGUGUUUCAAGAUGUGAUUCUUUUCUUCCAGGUAUGUGUUUUGAUUUACUCAACUUUCAAGCUGAUGUUAAAUAGAAGUUUUCUGGCAUCUGCUUUUCUUCCUUGUUCAAAAGGGAUAUUUCAGUGAGAGUAGAGAUGCUUCUUGGUCCGGUCCCUUAAUUCAAACAUGUUGUAACUUUACAGAAUAUAGAAAUCAUUGAAGAUCCAUUAAACAUUGCUUUGAUGAAAAACGAAGAGCAAGACAUCAAUUUCAGUCUUAUUCAACCAUUCUGUAUUUUCAUCUGUUUUGUUAUGAUAGUCUCGUUUCACUUUUUCUUUUUUUUUUGGUAAUACUGCCUGAUGUUUUUUUGACGGGAGGGAGAGGAAAAGGUUGAACUCCGUGGUUAUCUGGCAUGCAGUUACCAUUACAGUAUAACACUGCCACAUUGUCAGUUCACCUUUUGAUUAUUAUGGAUUAGUAGAAUUUGUGUGUAGGAACGGAUCCUGUUACCUUGCUACUUCCACAUUCUUGGAUUAUGGCACUGCCCAGUUGUGUAGCAUAAAGACAAAUCUGAUUUAUAGUCCUUGGCAAUCAUUAGAAGUCAAGUUAAAUCACAUGCUUAAUGUGCUUUUUAAAAUUACAUUUUAAAAGCCACUGCAGUCUUUCUCAAACUUUGUGGAAAGAUGAUUAUUAAAAUAAAAGUUUUAACAAUAUUCCCUUUGACAUAAAAUUGAACAAUACACUUUCUGCAGGUAGCACUGAUUUCAAGUGAUAGUGUCAAAGUAAGAAUUCAAUGAAGGCUGCAUUCAAUCUUCAGUUAAAGCCAUUGUGCCCAGCUAUUCCAUUAUAUGCAUGUUACACAAGCAAGGAUUUGGCACAGACAUCCUAUUUCAUGGCUACCAACAGUCUUCAUCUUACUACAUUCUGUCUUCAGUACAAGCCUACAGUGAUAGCAUGUGUGUGCAUUCACUUGGCCUGCAAGUGGUCCAACUGGGAGAUUCCAGUAUCAACUGAUGGAAAACACUGGUGGGAAUAUGUAGACCCUUCAGUUACUCUAGAAUUGCUAGAUGAGCUAACUCAUGAGUUUCUGCAAAUACUGGAGAAAACACCUAGCAGGCUCAAGAGAAUUAGAAAUUGGCGGGCUAAUCAGGCUGCUAAGAAACCUAAAGGUGAUGGACAGGUAUCUGAGAACUCGCUUCUUGGUUCAUCUUUGGUCCAGAAUUCCAUUUUGGUGGAUACAGUUACUG